AUGGGCACGUUGCAGGCCUGCGGUUUCUGCGGUCUUCCGGAUUGGACAGAUGGAGCCUACCUGCUGGAGGCGACUCUGAACUGCCUCCCUUGCAACUUCCAGUCAUUCGAUUGCAAACCUUUGGCAAGGCCGAGGCCCGGAAUACAAAGGAUCCAAGCCAUGAAAGUUAUCGAUGGCGUUCCAGAAUACACAGGAUUAACAGAUAUUGUUGUUAAGCUACUGAGAAAAGAAGGAGUCUUUGCUUUCUGGAAAGGUUUCACUCCUUACUACAUGCGGCUGGGUCCUCAUACUGUAUUAACUUUCAUCUUUCUUGAGCAAUUCAACAGAGCUUACGUUAAAAACUUUGCAAGAAAGAAGAAAGAGAAUAAUGGCAAGAAAUAA